GCUUGGCCGGGGGGUGGUGCCGGCGAUACGUUGCUUCCCUCUCUAGCCUCUCCAUUUCUGUGCUCUCUUUCAGGCAGACGGGGGAGAUCGCACCAGCGGCAAUCGGGCCCUGCCAAAGGUGCAGCUAUGGUCGGCGUCUUCUCCUACGAGAGCUUGGUCCAUGCCAUGGCUGGAGCUGUGGGUAGUGUGACAGCAAUGACAGUGUUUUUUCCUCUGGAUACAGCUAGACUAAGACUUCAAGUUGAUGAAAAACGCAAAUCAAAAACCACACAUGCAGUUCUUUUGGAGAUAAUUAAAGAAGAAGGCAUCAUUGCACCAUAUCGAGGGUGGUUCCCUGUUAUCUCCAGCCUUUGUUGUUCCAACUUCGUCUAUUUCUAUACAUUUAAUAGUUUAAAAACUCUUUGGGCUAAAGGUCAUCAUUCAACUACAGGAAAGGACUUGAUUCUUGGUGUGGUUGCAGGUGUAGUGAAUGUACUGUUGACUACUCCGCUCUGGGUGGUAAAUACCCGUCUUAAACUCCAGGGGGCAAAAUUUAGAAAUGAAGAUAUUAUACCAACCAAUUACAAAGGCAUUGUAGAUGCCUUUCAUCAGAUAAUUCGAGAGGAAGGAAUCUUGGCUUUGUGGAAUGGUACUUUUCCCUCACUGCUCUUAGUAUUUAACCCUGCCAUACAAUUCAUGUUUUAUGAAGGGCUUAAGAGAAAAAUUUUAAAAAGACAACUGCAGCUGUCUUCACUGGACGUUUUCGCUAUUGGAGCAAUAGCCAAAGCAAUUGCCACUACCCUCACUUACCCUAUGCAGACAGUACAGUCAAUUUUACGGUUUGGACAUCACCGACUAAACCCGGAAAACAGGAGAUUAGGUAGUCUUAAAAAUGUCCUCUACCUUCUUCAGCAAAGAAUAAAGCGCUUCGGAUUAGUGGGACUCUAUAAAGGACUAGAAGCAAAGCUACUCCAGACAGUCCUCACUGCUGCACUCAUGUUUCUUGUCUACGAAAAACUUACUGCUAUUACUUUCACAGUCAUGGGGUUAAAGCAUCCCUUAAAGAACUAAAAUAUUUUAAUAUAAAGCAUAUAAAACAGAGAGAGGAAA